UGUACAAUUUGGAAUGUGAUCAAUAAUAGAUAUGGCGGCGGUUCGUGGACCGGCCGUAGACAACAUGUCUACCGUAGCCCUUCGAGAGGCCUAACAGCACGAGACAAUACAAGAACAAGACAAACACUGUUUGGCUCACAGCCUGGAGAGAGAUUUGAUGGAGUUAGUAAUCGUAUUCUUGAUGAUAAGAAUAGUACUAUUUGGUUUCGAAUCAAUUCUCAUGAAGCGGCUCAUGCGAACAAUGGAGUAGGUGAAGCAGUUCCAAGAAUGCAUAGAAGUUUUCUUGAAGGUAAGAAAACGUUUAACAAAUCAUGGGGACCGAGCCUCGCCUCAAAUCCUAAUUCUUGGACGGCAUCAAAACCACAAUCUCACAUCGCCACUACAUUAAGCUCUAAUCAAAGGGACAACCCACUAGUGGCAGAAGAAAUGGAGAAUGUGUUGAAGAAGAAAAGAUUGUUACUGUCUGAUGAUUGCAAUAACUCGGACAAAGAUUUGGAUCUAAGCUUGUCCCUUAAGGUACCUCGGACACACAACAACCUUGGAGACUGCUUGUUAGAAGAAGAAAAAGAACAUGCAGAUAGCAAGGGUUUGUCUCUUUCAUUAUAUUCGUCGAGUUUUGCAAAACUCGGUCAAGCCAUUAGAAAAGAAGAUCAAAAUUAUCAUAAAAAGAGAAAGUGUUCCGUCUUGGCAAGUCCCCUUGAUCUUACUUUGUGAAUAUAUAUAUAACAACAUCAACAUAUAUAUACGUAUAUUCUAAGUGAGAUCUUGAGGUACUUAUUGAUGGAAGAUUGUUAUCUGCUGUUUAUUUUUCGUUGCAUAAUUGUGACAAGACCCGUAACUAAGGUAAUAAUAGCUACAUUUCAGCACCGUCUUCCACAUAACUCUGUCAGAUAUUAAAUUCUUAUUUAUAUAUAAUUGUUGAUGAUCGAGUUGUGAAAAUAGAUUUGUUUUUAUCGAAUAGUAGCCAAGAAAUAGAUCAGUGAGUCUAUAUGGUUUUGAUAGUUACAAGACAUUGCACGUUGCCUUGGUUGUGUCUUGUUGUGAGACGUUGCAAAUGUAUGUGUAGUUCCGGUUUUCACUCACACUCACACUCACAAAAAAGUAUCCUAAGCUAUAUUUUGUUCCCUAAGAUGGAGUUCUUGUAAGAAAUUGUAUGCCUUAACGUUAAAUAAGUGAAGCAUAUAUAUAUGCAAUCGUAUAUGCUUUGUUAUAAACUAUUAACACACUAUUGUAUGGCAUAUAUGUAUCAAAAUAAUCAUGAACAAAGUAAUUAACGAAGGUAAUCUAAAUCUAUGAACAAAAAACUUUACAGUCAAUAUCAUGCUUCUCAGUCGUCAUCUCUAUUCACUAUAGAGUAUGCGCCAUAUUUGUCAAUGGUACAAUAUAAUAAUUACUUUACAGAUUAACUAGUCCAUUUAACUAUAAAACUUGUCAGUUGUUCUGUCCAUUUCUAAUUUCGUGCCACUCUUUUAAGAGGUGUAUUCGAUAUAAAAUCUGAGUUGAUUUGAUUUUUAACGGAGUUUUAGAUGAUUUAAAUUAGUGCAGAAAUAUAGGUGAUUUAUGUUAAAUCAUUCUAAAUAUAACCUAAAACUAUGAGAUUUGAGUUUUAAUUUUUUUUAACUAAGAAAUUCCACCCAAACAUCCUAAAAUCAUUUUAAAACUUUAAAACUCCACAAUUUAAAAUAUUUUCAAUAACGUGAAUUUUAGAGUACUCUACGAAAUGAAAUGUUAAGUUCAAUAAUAGUGGAUUUUAAAUGAAUUUUUAAAAUUCAUGUUUGAAUAACAGUGAAUUUGUUAUUUUAAUACAAAUCACCUAAAAUUCUCGGUUCAAUACACCCGCUUUAGUAUUUUUCUAACGAUACCACUCUUUUAAUAUUACAACGAAAGUUCUUUAGAUAUUUGGUUUCUUCUCUCGUAAGACUUUAUUUAAGAGAAAUUUGGAGAGAAGGACAAGAAGACAGAUGUACUUGCCAUAGAGAUGUGUCUUGAUCUCCUCGAUAUACAACAAACUAUUUGGUGUUUGCGCAUAUAAUCGUUUUUUAAUCAUCUCGGGCCUUGAAAACAUUCUGGCUAUAUCAUAUUAUCUGAGGAUGUGCACAUAUUAUUCAGGGAAUCAAAAGUAUGUAAGGUUUUGUACUUUUAUGUCUACUUACAUGUGUCUUUGUUGUAUCAUAUUCUUCCCAAUCCCUAAUAAUUUGGAAAAUAUAGUUUUAAGUCAAAUGAAAGGUAGUGUUAAUAUAUUUGAUAGAACUUUUAAGCAAAUUUGAUUCUCUGGUUAAGACAUAAGAGUAAGGCAAAGCAUACCAAAGAAGAAGGUGAUUUGGAAAAUGGAUUUAUGAUAAAUGGCUUUUUAUAGUAAUAUUAUAGGCCCAUUUAAGUAAUAUGGCACAUUAAGUAAAACCCGUUUAUGUUUCUAAGGCGACGUUCUUUCUCAUGAAUUUGAUCAAAAUCUUGGAAAGAGCUAUUUACUUAUCAGUUGUUAGGAUAUUAAGAUGUGUUAGUGUAUAACAAUAAUAAGACGAUAAUGAUAUGUACCUAAAUUGAUACUGAACACAUGGUAUCUUACUUUAUAGUUAUAAUUUAGUAACAUCCACCACCUAUAUGAAGAAAACUAACCGACUAAUAUAUAUCAAUAUUUUAUACUGAAGACUAAUAAAUUUAAGUUUUGAUUAACACUAACAAAAAUAUAAGAUAUGAGUUUUGGAAUAAGAUUCACUUUUAAAGAAUAUCUCUUCUUCUUUUUGUGUGAAAAGGCUUGGAUUCAAUUGUUUGCGAGGAUUCCUUUUUAGUAUGGUUGAAAAGAUAAUUAAAGAAGUCGAGAAAGAGAAUGAAGAUAACGAAAAGAGGGGUUGUGAUAAAAAGAAGAAAACAAUGCUUAUCACAUCAAGAAAAGAAAACAUAAAAUGUUGGGGUGAAGAUGCAAACUAAUUAAGCUCAUCCUAGAUUGUAAUUUACUCCGUCCGUUCCUUAAUGAUAGACUUUUUAGAAAAAAAAAAUUGUUUCACAAAGAUGUAUUUUUUGUGUUUUCUAUAAAAAAAAUUGUAAACUUCAAAAAAAUUAAUUGACUUUAUUGAAUUAUUAUUGGUUAAAAGUUUUUGAAAAUUAAAAAUUACAGAAAAUGAUAUAUUUAUUAUGAUAGUUUAAUGUGUUUUCUUAAUACGUGUGAAAAUGGUAAAAAAUCUAUCUUUGUGGAACAGAGGGAGUAUAUGUUUAAUUCUAUCGUCGGAGAUAUCCUCAACAAAUUCCCAAUUAAUAUAUGUUUUCACCAUCUAAUCUGUCUUUAAUCUACCACCCAAAUAUUUAUAAAAGAAAACAAUUUUGCAUUAAUUUCGACAUACUAUAUGUUCACUAUAACUUUAACUAGCUUUCCGCGGGAUGAAUGUUAUAUAUACAAAUAUUUUUUAUCUAUUAUUAUUUAUUUGUAUUCAUUUACGUAUUAUGUAUAUAAUUAAAUUAGACUAAACACAUAAAUCAAAACAAUACAUCUUGUUUA